AUGGGUGGUACUAUAUCAGAUAUAGUUAAAGUUGUUGAUGAUGCUGUUAAACAAAUAAUAUUACAAAUUGAUCCAUCAAUAAUUAAAUUUAAAAAUACAACAUUAACAAUUCUUGAUAAUAUUGAAUCAAAAUUUCAAUCAAAUAGUUCUCAAGCAUUAUCAUCAUUACGUCAAAAUCUUCUUGUUUGGCUUUUUUUAGCAUUAAUUUUUUCAAUACUUGUUUUAAUAUUAAUACGUUAUUUAAUUGAUAUAUUACAUAAAUUACAAUUUGGUAUAUUAACACGUCAAUAUUCAAUAUUAUUUGUAUUAACAAUAAUUAUUUUUUGGACUUUUUUAUCAUCUAUAUUUGGAGUUUUUAUAAGUGAAGAUAUUAGUUGGUCAACAUUAAAAAUAAUUAUUUUUAGUUUAUGUUGUUCAUUAAUAAUAUUAUUAAUAUUAAUAUGGUUUAGAUUUUUAUUAAUUUAUCAAAAAAGAAUAAUAAGAAAACUAAAUGUUUUUUUUUGUCAAUGGAAUUUAUUAAAAGAUAAAAAUAAUCGUUUAGAACAAUCAACAAUGACUUUACAUAUGUUAUCUAUUAAAAAAAAAACUCUUAAUGAUCAUAUUAAUCAAAUAUAA